AUGUCACUUAAAUAUCAAUUCAAUGAAUUACAUUCUUAUCGUCAUUUUUAUUAUCAAGGGAAUAAUCGAAAACACUAAGUAAAUAAUUAAUCAAAGAAUGCAAAGCUUAAAAAAGAAUUAGGUUAUAAUAUUAAUAUCAAGCAUUUACCAUCUAUUGCUGAAAAUCAAGGAAGUGAUAACUUAAAGAAGACUAUGCAAGAAUUACCAUCAUCGAUUGAUUCAUUAUAAAUUAAUACUCGAAGGAGAAAAACUUAGAUAGAUUGGCUAUAUUCAAGCAAAAUUAAUUAGGAAAAUAUAUUAAUGUAGAAUCGAAUAUUUGUGCAAAACUUAUUUUCCCCAACUUAACUUAUUGAAUUUUAUGACAAUCAAUUGCUUUCUGGGAUUGAGGAAGCAUAAAAAUAAUAAUUCAUUAAUAGCAGACUUAUUGUUUGCAAGUUUCUGAUUCAAAAAUGCUUCCAAAACCUCAAAUUACUUUAAUUGGAUGUUUUGUUAUAAUGUUCAAAAUGUAAAUAAAUACUUUAAGCUUCAACCAAUAUAAUAAAAAAGACCAAAUCACCUGCCAUAUUCAUCAAUCACUGCAACUAAAAUAUAACGAUAGACUUUUUUCAUAGUAAAUGCUCUAAAAUAAUUAGAUAAUGAUUAAUUCCCCAAAAAUUAGGAAAAUUAAACUUCUCACAUUGCUUGUAUGUCUAGGGGCUAAGAAAAGGUUGUAAUUAUAAAAGCUAAAUGUGCUGUGAUUUGUAAAUGCGAAAAUGAAAAUGAUGCAAUAUUAACUCUAGAGAAUCCAUUGCAAUUGAAAGACGGAAAUUAUAUUCUCUUGGCAAAUGAACCUUAUCGGAAACUCUGCAGAUAUUGUUGUAGAGAAGUCAUAUUAUAGUAGUGCGAACUUAUGAUAUUGCCAUGAUUGAUUUUAUUAUUUUUAUUAUUCUUUGUUUG